CGCCCCUUGUGGUGAUCGUUGCUAUAAAUAAACACCUCUGGUAUCGGUGGCAGAACCGCAACGAACCCUUCUGUUUGCUAAUCGCUGCUAUUGGCCUGUUUGCCGUGUACAUCGUAUAUCCCUUCCGCUCUGUUGCUUGUUGUGCCAAGUUUUUGUGCCCAGCAGCUUGUUUUGUACUACCCUAUGGAUGAGUUUUCGCAAGUAUGUGGUGCAGCGUGCAUCACGGGUCCCCAGUGGCCAUCUCGUGUUUUUUCCUUUUCCAGCCCUUCCCCGGUCAUCUUAGCGUUACUUUUCUCUUUUUAUUUUUUUUAUUUUUCAUUAACGUGCUCCUCCUCCUCCCCCCCAUGUCCGAACCGGCUCAUGGUUCCUAUCGGCCUGGCUGACCGCCGAGGCAUUGAGCUGAGUGAACUUGAGAAUUCCUCACCCCCUCCCCUGUUCCGCCCGGGUGGGCUGGGGGACCACCUCCCAGCCUCUAUCCGUACUAUCCUUGUCUGUAGACUCUGGAGCAUCGGGCUCUCUACCCAUGUCUGGUUCGAAACCUCGAGACGGAUCACGAUCAAUCUGGAACAGAUCAACUCGCGGGUCGCGGAGGCGAAGUCGCAAAGCAGAUUUGAUGGAGUUGAGGGCGCAAAAGGAGGAGAUGAGCAGGAAACCUUCGAGGCUGACAAGUGCCCAUAAUGUUCCGGUAUUUCCGCUCUCCCCCUUUCAAGGAUUUCUCAACGGCUUCUAGCCUUCUUCGUCGGCAAUGGGGCCAGCCUUUUCUUUGUUCUUUGUUCUCCUGAGCUCAUCAGAGAUAUUGGUCGCCAGCGAUCUGGCAAGCUUCCCCGCCAAGGGCCUAAAGGCCCCACGGUACCAGAGUGCCGGAGGGAUCUGCCGCAAUGGCAUGAGCUCGGUGACAUGUACACAUUGAGGCUAGGUUGUCGUGCCCAGCGGUCGGAUUCCGGGGCCUGGUUUAUCGUGCGUUGUUCGCCCAACUAUUGCUGCUACAAUCAUAUUACAAUCAAAAAGGUUA